AUGUACCAAGUACUGGUACUGAUUGUCGCAACGAAAGUCGCUGCAGGAUUCGUUCAACGUGGCACUCUUGAUCCCCGUGCUCGUCAACGAGAGCAGGGGGUGGUAGGUGAAUCUCGACGCGUUGUCGACGAGCUAGUGCACGCGGUGCACGGUCUGCGUGACCGAGUGGCGCGUCUUAAGAAACAAUCGGAUCUUCUCUUGAGAGUCCCUCGACUUGUGGCAUUGCCAACUCUUUUGGCGCAAGCGCCUCGUGAUCCACCAGCGACGGAUCCAGGUAAGGCUUAA